GGCAGUUCAAGGACUCGAGGUUAAUUCCUGAAAGCACGACUCAUCCGGAAGCAGCGGCGAACAUCUGUGGGCACGCUCGACUGCAGCAAGGAUACGCUGUGACCAUUAUAGAUGACGGUAACAUUGCCUGCAAUUUCUUCAUCGCCAACUUUCUUUCGGCAGGAACAAUGUUGUUGCGUGAGUAGGUUCAGUAGAACCACAGGUCUACCACAGAAACCCUUUUCAGCUCCUGUGUGUUUUCGAGCCUCAACGAAAUUGGUGAUGAUUCAAUGCAACAAUAGCAGCUCCUCUUCGUCUUCCAAUAUCUUCACGGAAUGGGGAUUGUUUCUACCACUCUUCCAAGAGUUUGGAUUCGAAGAAGGACAAACCCAAGUUCUAUUCGAGAAGAACCCAGGUCUGAGAUUUGAGACUUUGGAGUCUCUCGGCAGCCGACUCUGUUUCCUGCAGUCCGCUGGAUUAGAUGGUUUUGCUCUCUGUCGCUUGAUAGCCAAACGCCCUGACAUACUCACAGCAGAAGAAAUUAGAGAACUCUAUAAUUUGAAAGGUCAGAUCGAACCCGUAAAGCUCGAACGUCUUUUGACUGUAACAGAGCCCCAAUAUUUUGUGGGUUUUGCCGGGAAGGUUGAAUUGCUUCUUAAUCAUGGAAUUCCAAGGGAAAACCUACCUCAUAUUCUCAACAAUGUUAAUCUAACCAAGGUGUUCUGUCACAAGUCUGCUAAUGAGAUAGAACAGACGAUUCUUUACCUGAAGCAUUUCGGUGGUGUCGAUUUGAUCAUUCGACGCCCCGCCAUUCUUAAUUUGGAUUUUGAAACCCAGCUAGUUCCACGUAUCAUGUUUCUCACAGAGCUUAGUGGGGGAGAUGAAAAUGCCACAGGAGCCGUAUUGCUUAAACUCCCAUCUGUCCUAGCCUAUACCACAGAGCAUCUACAAAGCCAUGCUGAGUUCUUCAGAUCCUUUGUUGGCUUGACAGACCCUGAAAUCUUCAAGAUUGUCCUUGUAUACCCAAAUGUCUUCAGUGCCAGCAAGGAUAGAAAGCUGCAACCUCGGGUUGAGUUCCUUAUGGAAUGUAGGUUGAACUCAAUUGAUAUAUUCAGGUUCCUUAUCAAAGCGCCCCUGUUUCUUGGCUUGUCUUUCAGAGAGAAUCUUUCUAAGAAAUUAGUGUUUCUGCUGAAGAUUGGGUAUAAAUAUAGAACGAAGGAGCUGGCUCUGGCGUUGGGGGCAGUGACUAGAACCAGCUGUGAGAAUAUGCAGAAGGUGAUCAAUGUCUUCCUGACUUAUGGGCUCGAUUACAGUGAAAUUCUUGCCAUGAGCAAGAAGCAUCCGCAGAUAUUGCAGUACAAUUGCGAGUCUCUACAGAAGAAAGUGGAAUACUUGAUUGAGGAUAUGGGUCGGGAGAUUGGAGAGCUGUUGGACUUUCCUGCUUUUCUCGGCUACAAGCUUGAUGCGAGGAUCAAGCACAGGUAUGAAGAGAAGAAGAAGAUAAUAGGGGAAGGAAUGUCGCUCAACAAGCUCUUGAGCGUGUCCACUGAGAGAUUUUCGAAGAAGAAGAAGAAGUGUCCAGUGCCCAUGUAAUACAAUUUAAUCGCUGGGGGAGGAUUGAGGAAAUGAACAUAUGUUACAAGGCAUCAUUUAAUUAUUAUUGUUCAUGGCCAAAUGUUAUAAAAAAAUGUUUUUUCCUACUCAA